AUGUGGCUGACCUCCCCAUUGCUGUUCGUCAGCACCCUCCUGGGUCUCACUGGCGUUGCUCUAGCAGACAACCCCAUCGUCCAAGACAUCUACACCGCAGACCCAGCACCAAUGGUCUACAACGGCCGCGUCUACCUCUUCACAGGCCAUGACAACGACGGCUCUACCGACUUCAACAUGACAGACUGGCGUCUCUUCUCGUCAGCAGACAUGGUCAACUGGCAGCACCAUGGUGUCCCCAUGAGCUUACAGACCUUCAGCUGGGCCAACAGCAGAGCCUGGGCUGGUCAAGUCGUUGCCCGAAACGGAAAGUUUUACUUCUAUGUUCCUGUCCGUAAUGCCAAGACGGGCGGAAUGGCUAUUGGUGUCGGUGUUAGUACCAACAUCCUUGGGCCCUACACUGAUGCCCUCGGAAAGCCAUUGGUCGAGAACAAUGAGAUCGACCCAACUGUCUACAUUGACACUGAUGGCCAGGCCUAUCUCUACUGGGGCAACCCUGGAUUGUACUACGUCAAGCUUAACCAAGACAUGCUCUCCUACAGUGGUAGCAUCAACAAAGUAUCGCUUACAACAGCUGGAUUCGGCAGCCGCCCGAACAACGCGCAGCGUCCUACUACUUUCGAGGAAGGACCGUGGCUGUACAAGCGUGGAAAUCUCUACUACAUGAUCUACGCAGCCAACUGCUGUUCCGAGGACAUUCGCUACUCAACUGGACCCAGCGCCACUGGACCUUGGACUUACCGCGGUGUCGUGAUGAACAAGGCGGGUCGAAGCUUCACCAACCAUCCUGGCAUCAUCGACUUUGAGAACAACUCGUACUUCUUUUACCACAAUGGCGCUCUUGAUGGAGGUAGCGGUUAUACUCGGUCUGUGGCUGUCGAGAGCUUCAAGUAUGGUUCGGAUGGUCUGAUCCCCGAGAUCAAGAUGACUACGCAAGGCCCAGCGCAGGUCAAGUCUCUGAACCCAUAUGUCAGGCAGGAGGCCGAGACUAUCGCCUGGUCUGAGGGUAUCGAGACUGAGGUCUGCAGCGAAGGUGGUCUCAACGUUGCUUUCAUCGACAAUGGUGACUACAUCAAGGUCAAGGGAGUCGACUUUGGCAGCACCGGUGCAAAGACGUUCAGCGCCCGUGUUGCUUCCAACAGCAGCGGAGGCAAGAUUGAGCUUCGACUUGGUAGCAAGACCGGUAAGUUGGUUGGUACCUGCACGGUAACGACUACGGGAAACUGGCAGACUUAUAAGACUGUGGAGUGCCCCGUCAGUGGUGCUACUGGUACGAGUGAUCUAUUCUUUGUCUUCACUGGCUCUGGGUCUGGCUCUCUGUUCAACUUCAACUGGUGGCAGUUCAGCUAA